AUGGCAUUGUAUUUACAUACUUGCGCCCAACUCCACCAUCGAAGGCAUCCGAUGAAGCAGACUAAGACCAUGAACGAUGUUCUACAAGCGGGACUGUUCAUGGCUCCAGAUCCAGAGGUACCGUUUUCUUAUUCAACGGCCCGCGAAAAUGCAUCAAGUUGGCUCGUUGCGAGGUGGAGGGAUACCGUAUCCGGUAUCUUUUCGGUCCAGGAUGCUCAUUUUGGCUCCAGCUUGUAA